AGUUCUUAAUUAAAUAAAAUAUUUUAUCUUGAAAGCAAAUCCUUUUGUUUUCUACUCAAAUACUUUAGGACAUGGCUCAUAAUGAAAUAUAAAUACAUUUUACAUCGUGAAUCAUUGAUCUUACAAACAAGUAGGUACUUUUAUGCAAUGGAAACCAGAUGUCCACGAGACAACUGUUUUCAUGUUUGACAUAUGCUGCCCCCAAACCCCGGUGUGUUCUUUUUAUCUUCUAUACUCCUGUGAAAAGAAAAGAAGAUGGAUUAGAAGUCCAGAAAUUGUUACCACAUCCCAUCCACUGAUUAUGAUGCUUACUGUGAAAAGUACACCUUUAACGAAUAACAAUAUGGUAGAUUGUUCAUAUCCAAUAAAACCAUGUGAAAGUUACAGGUAGUGCCUGGAUGAUGAACUAGCAAUCAUUUUAAAGAAACUUUUGCCAAAUUACUUCUGUAUCAUAUAUUCUAAUAAGCCACAACAAACCAGUAUGUUACUGAACAAAAUAAUUAAAAUCUGUUAAAGACUGGGAAUAUAGCUCACUGGUAACAUAUCUGUCCCAUAUUCCCUGGCCCUGAGUUGUACCCCCAGCACCAUACACAAAAUGGACAGUUUAACAUUGGAUCAUUUUUGUUUGUUGUUGUUUUUUGAAUCAAUAGUUUUACUUCGACCACCUGUCAAUUUUACCGUUAAAGCCAUUGGAUUAGCUCAAGUUCUUUUACACUGGGCCCCAAAUCCUGACCAAGAGCAAAGAACUACUGAUCUACAAUAUCAUGUGAAAAUAAAUGCUCCACAAGAAGAUGAGUAUAAUACCAGGAAGACUGAAAGCAAAUAUGUGGCCCCCCUUCAUGAUGGCUUUGCAGCUAGUGUGAGGAGCAUCCUAUGGAGAAGUCACUCUUUCCUGGCCAGCAGUUGGGUUUCUGCUGAACUCAAAGCUCCAUCAGGGUCUUCUGGAACCUCGGUUAUGAAUUUAACUUGUACCACAAACACUGUUGUGAGUAGUCACACCCACUUAAGGCCAUACCAAGUGUCUCUUCGCUGCACCUGGCUUGUUGGCAAGGAUGCCCCUGAGGACACACAGUAUUUCCUAUACUACAGGUUUGGUGUUUGGACUGAAGAAUGCCAGGAAUACAGCAGAGAUGCACUGGACAGAAAUACUGCAUGCUGGUUUCCCAGGACGUUUAUCAACAGCAAAGGGUUUGCGCAGCUUGCAGUGCAUGUUAAUGGCUCAAGCAAGCAUGCUGCAAUCAAGCCCUUUGAUCAGCUGUUCACUCCACAUGCCAUUGAUCAAGUGAAUCCUCCAAUGAAUGUGACAGUUGAGAUCGAAGAAACUUCUCUUUAUAUCCAGUGGGAGAAACCAGUUUCUGCCUUUCCAGUUCAUUGCUUUAAUUAUGAAUUGAAAAUCCACAACACAAAGAAUGGUUACUUUCAGAUGGAAAAACUGGCCACCAACAAAUUCGUCUCAAAAAUUGAUGAUGUUUCUACAUACUCCAUUCAAGUGAGAGCAAUUGUGAGCUCAUCUUGCAGAGUGUCUGGAAGCUGGGGCGAGUGGAGUCAGCCUAUUUAUGUGGGUGAGGAUGAGAAGAAACCCUUGGCAGAGUGGCAUCUUAUUGUGUUGCCAGCCACCGCCUGCUUCGUCUUGUUAAUCUUCUCACUUAUCUGCAGAGUGUGUCACAUAUGGAUCAAGUUAUUUCCACCAAUUCCAGCCCCUAAGAGUAACAUCAAAGAUCUCCUUGUGGUGACUGACUAUGAGAAAGCCACUUGGAAUGAAACCAAAAUUGAAGCUGUAAGUUGUGUGGAAGAGGCUGGAUUUGAAGUCAUGGAAAAUUCCAUGUUUUGAUGGUGUUCUGAAAAGAAUUCAUACAGGACUCCAUAAUAAAAGCAAGGACUAAUAUUUCUUGGCAAGAAGAAAUUUCGAAUGAAUACACAAUGCUCAAUUUGGUUACCAGGCAACAUAUCCAGACAUAUAUGAGUCUCCAGUGUCCCAUCUCUUAACUUGUACAAGCCUCAUCAAAACCUCUUUGCUCACAGUAGGACAAUGGAUUCAACAGAGCAGGGGACCUUGUUUCCCCACCCACAGUAUAUAAAGUAUCACCUGACCUGGUUAUACAGGCCAGCAUUUGCAAUUUGCAUGGCUCACCUUGAACAUUUUACACAGGAGACAGUUUUUCAAGCUAAUGUCAUGUGUUUACUUUGGUUUGAGCUGCCAACAGUAGCACUUUCAGCUACAGUGACAAGAAGAGUGGAGCCCAUCCAGAGUGAGCCCAAAUUCAAGACUGUCCUUUCCGCAGCAAGUGAGAGCCAUAACUUCAUGGUGCUUUUUCUUAUUGAGUUCUAGAAUACUUUUUUUUUUCAAGAACUGUGCCUGUGUGUUGGGGUGUGGGAUGAUGUAAAGUGGAGGUAGAAAUGAAGACUAUGUCCAGUUCUGUAUGUCUGUCCCAGUAAGCAUCUAAGGCAAACUACCUGAAAACAUGCACUAAGACAUCAUGCCUGGGGCUGAGGAGAUGGCUCAGUCAGACAGACCAGUGCUCGGUGAAGAAGCAUAAGGACCGGAGACUGGUCAACCAGCACCAAGGAAACAGAAACAAAACAGUGCAAGCAGCACGAGCCUGCGAUCCUAAUACUGGGAAAGACAAGAGGCUCCAAGGGAACUGUUGGCCAGUCAGUUUAGCAAAUGGGUGGUUUCUAGGUUCAGUAAGAGAUACUGUCUCAAAAAUGUAAGGUGGAAAGUGACUGGGGAGAACCCCUGGCACUUACCUCUGGCCUACAUACACAUGUACACAUGUGAAACCACACACAUGCACACACACUAAAAACAUCAUCAUCUAUUAAGAGAGAAGACAGGGGUUGUUUCCUAUAAGCCAUCCAUCUCAGUACACAUUACAAUGGUAUAGAAAUGUAUUCUCUCAAUAUCUUCUUA